AUGAAUCAAUUGUCUUUAUUCUUUGUGCUCUUCAUUUCAUGGUUCGCCCUGGCUUCUGCCGAAACUCAUACUUGGUACUUCAAGACUGGUUGGGUCAAGGCAAACCCUGAUGGAAACUUUGAGCGUGAUGUUAUUGGUUUCAACGGGUCUUGGCCCUUGCCUACUUUGCGUGUUAAAAAGGGUGACCGUGUGAACCUUUAUUUGACUAAUGGCUUUGAUGACAGAAACACCACCUUGCACUUUCACGGUAUGUUCCAGAACGGAAGUGCCCAAAUGGAUGGCCCAGAGAUGGUGACUCAAUGCCCCAUCCCUCCCGGAGAAACUUAUUUGUACAAUUUCACGGUCGCUGAUCAGGUUGGUACGUACUGGUAUCACUCUCAUACUGCUGGUCAAUACGGUGAUGGCAUGAGAGCUCCAUUUAUCAUUGAGGAAAAAAACAAGGAAGAUUACCCUUUUGACUUUGAUGAGGAGCUCGUUUUGCCUCUUGGUGAGUGGUAUCACGAUCCUGCUGACGUCUUGCUUCCAAAGUUCUUGAACAGAUAUAACCCAACAGGCGCGGAGCCAAUUCCACAGAAUCUUUUAUUCAAUGAAACGAGAAACAACACCUGGAAAGUUGAGCCAAACACCACAUAUUUUGUGCGUAUCGUUAACAUGGGUGGUUUUGUCUCUCAGUAUUUGUAUAUGGAAGACCACGAGUUCGAAAUUGUUGAAGUUGAUGGCGUGUACGUUGAAAAGAACACUACGGAUCUUCUUUAUGUGACCAUUGCUCAGCGUUACGGUGUAUUGAUCAAGACAAAGGAGAAGGCAGACAGAAACUACGCCUUCAUGAAUGCUUUUGAUGACACUAUGUUGGAUGUAAUCCCUAAAGACUUGAUCUUAAACGGUACCAACUCCAUUCAAUAUACCGACGACACAUCCAUGCCUGAUGAGUACUUCAUCGACAGUUUCGAUGAUCGUUUCGAUGAUUUCUAUUUGGUACCCAAGGACGGUGAGAAGCUUUUGCCAGACUCGGACAAUCAAGUUGUGAUCGACGUUAAGAUGGAUAACUUGGGCGACGGUGUGAACUAUGCUUUUUUCAACAAUAUCUCUUAUGUUGCUCCCAAAAUCCCUCUUCUUGCUACUGCCAUGUCAGCUGGUGAACUUGCCACUAACUCUUACAUUUACGGUAAUACCAACGCAUUCGUCUUGAAAAAAGGUGAAACGGUGGACAUCGUGCUCAACAAUCAAGACGAUGGUACUCACCCUUUCCAUUUGCACGGCCAUGUUUUUCAACUAAUUGAAAGAGGUCCGGAGUUUGGAGACCCAGUUUCUUUUGACUACAACAAUCACUCCGAAUUCCCUGAGGUACCAAUGAAGAGAGACACUGUUUACGUUAAUCCAAACUCCUAUAUAGUGAUGAGAUUCACAGCGGACAACCCAGGUGUUUGGUUCUUCCACUGUCAUAUCGAGUGGCACUUGGAACAAGGAUUAGCUAUUGUGCUUGUUGAGGCUCCCGAGGAAAUGCAGAACGAUCCUAGUCAGCAAUUAACAGAAAACUUCAAAGAUGUCUGCAGCAAGGGCGGUAUGAACUACUCUGGUAAUGCAGCUGGAAACUCUGUUGAUUUCAUGGAUUUGACUGGAAUGAACACGCAACCUAAGCCUUUACCAGCCGGAUUCACGGCCAGAGGUAUCGUUGCUUUGGUCUUCUCUUGUAUUGCUGGUGUUUUGGGUAUGGUUGCCAUCACCAUUUACGGUUUGGCAGACGUGAAAGACAUUGACGAACGUGUCGCCCGUGAUUUGGACGUGGAUCUCGACGAAAUCGCUGCUGACGAGUCUUCUCAGCUCGUCCCUGGCGACUCUUCGUCUCGCAACAAAUAA